AUGACCUGGCUACAUCCUUCCAUAUAUGGCAACUCUAAAUUGAUUACAGUUAAUGAUAUGUUUCAUGCGAAUCCAUCGAGCGAGUCUCAAGCAUGGGAAUUUAAACACCCCGAAUUUCGUAGAGGGCAUAUGGAAGCCCUACAACACAUUAAACGAAAAAGUUCUAAACCACAUCCUAAUGCCAGCACAAUGAUGAAGGGAGGCAUGGGAGGCACGGGAGCUAAUCUCGGCUCAGCAAGCGAAAACGAUGCAUUGAGAGAUAAUAAGAUAGAUCAACUAUCGAAGGAAGUGGCCGAAAUAACGGAUCGGAUAAGGCGAAUGAAUGAAAACUACACCAUGCUUUAUGCCGAGACCGUCUCUUGUCGGAUGCUCCAAACGAAACUUACGCUGGUGAUCACAAAUAUUUCAAAAAUACUUACAUCCAUGUGUCAUGAAGAGGAAGGAGAUCCCGGAAACAUAUCUCGGAAGCGAAAAUUCGACGUUGAUUUGCUUCAGGCAGAAGUAGCUAAACUUGGACAGAACGACGCAUCUCCACCGCCUCAAUCGUCAAUUGCACAUGCUACUCCCCAUUACAGAGAUGGGUUACAUCAGAGUCAGAGACCGCCUUCAACACAAAACUCGGUAGUAGGUGCUGACAAUACUAGUUCUCCUCAUGGAACAGUACCAAUGUCAGAUAUUGACUAUGCUCGUUCCGGAUAUUCUGCAUCGCAUAGUCCUCCAUCUCAACACCGCACCGUUAAAAUACAACCUGCGAGUCCACUUGCGGUGCUUCCGGAUUUCAACUUUCCUCCUCAACAUUAUCAGCAAAGCCAAUAUAGUAUUCGGCACAUAUCCCCCGAACCGGUAACACCUGUGGGCGCAGGUAACGGCGCAGGUAGCAAUAGCACCAAUAACAAUAGUUCAUACAGGAGUCCACCGAUUCCUCCUCCGAAUCAGAUGCCGGCCGCUCAAACGUCUCAAUAUCGCCAGACUCCAUCUCAACAUCAUGUUCCGCCAUUACCAUCUUCCCAUAGGCUUUCACCUCAAUCAUCUCCAUCUUUAAGCUUUGGAUCUGACAGUAAUUUAUUGAACCCAAGUGAUAGGCAAAUGGACACUCACUCAACCGUAUCCCAAAUGACUCCAUCUCAGCAGUCUUCACAGCGUUCUCCAACAGGACCAUCCUCACCUUCCUCGUCAUCGUAUCCGAAGGAUAAUGUCACUCCAACAACAUCCCGACAAUCGUCGUUAUCAGAUCCAUCAGAUGGAGUAUCCAUAGAUCGAGUGAUGGAUUACAAAAGACGAAAACGUAGCUAA